CGGCGAUGGCGGACAUGGAGGAGCUGUUCGGCAGCGACGCCGACUCCGAGCCGGAGCAGAAAGAUUCCGACUCUGGAUCUGACUCUGACUCUGAUCAGGAGAAUGCUGGCUCUGGCAGUAACGCUUCUGGAAGUGAGAGUGAUGGGGAUGAUGACAGAGAGGCAGUAAAGCCCAGUAAUAAAGAGCUCUUUGGAGAUGACAGUGAGGAUGAAGCAGCAUCUCACCAUACGGGUAGUGACAACCAGUCUGAAAGAUCAUACAAUCACUCCGAAGCUUCAGGGCAUUCUGAGCAUGAAGACAAUGACCAGUCAGACUUAGAUCAGCACAGCGGCUCAGAUGCUGGCCAUGAUGAUGAUGACGAUGACCAAGGACAUGGGUCGGAAGAAGGUAGCCAUCGCUCAGAGGCGGAUGGAUCUGAAAAAGCACAUUCAGAGGAUGAAAAGUGGGGCAAGGAAGACAAAAGUGAUCAGUCAGAUGAUGAUGAUAAGCUACAGAACUCUGACGAUGAGGAAAGACCACAAAACUCUGACGAGGAAGAGAAGGUGCAGAACUCUGAUGAUGAUGAAAGGCCUCAGGUGUCUGAUGAUGAGGAGAGGCUACAGAACUCUGAUGAAGAGAAAAUGCAGAACUCUGAUGAUGAGGAGAGGCCACAGAUGUCUGAUGAGGAGAAAAUGCAGAACUCGGAUGAUGAUGAACGACCUCAACAUUCAGAUGAGGAAGAACAGGAACGUAAAUCUGAAUCUGCAAGAGGCAGUGACAGUGAAGAUGAAAUUUUACGCAUGAAGCGCAAGAAACGAAUCGCAUCAGAUUCAGAAAUGGAGAGUGAUGCAGAAGGACAGAAAGAUCAUACAGAUGUCAUGGAUCUCUUUGGUGGUGCAGAUGAUAUUUCUUCUGGGAGUGAUGGGGAAGACAAGCCACCAACUCCAGGACAGCCCAUUGAUGAGAAUGGGUUGAAUCAGGACCAGCAGGAAGAAGAACCUAUUCCAGAGACUAGAAUAGAAGUAGAAAUACCAAAAGUCAACACAGACUUAGGAAACGAUUUAUAUUUUGUGAAGCUGCCCAACUUCCUCAGCGUGGAGCCCAGACCUUUUGAUCCUCAGUAUUAUGAGGAUGAAUUUGAAGAUGAAGAGAUGCUUGAUGAAGAAGGUAGAACCAGAUUAAAACUGAAGGUGGAAAACACCAUACGUUGGCGAAUGCGACGAGAUGAAGAGGGAAAUGAGAUUCGAGAAAGCAAUGCCCGGAUAGUCAAGUGGUCAGAUGGAAGCAUGUCGCUACAUUUAGGCAAUGAAGUCUUUGAUGUGUACAAGGCACCACUACAAGGAGAUCAUAACCAUCUGUUCAUCAGACAAGGAACUGGUCUGCAGGGUCAGGCUGUGUUCAAGACUAAAUUAACCUUCAGACCUCACUCAACGGACAGUGCUACCCACAGGAAAAUGACUUUGUCACUUGCAGAUAGAUGUUCAAAGACUCAGAAAAUACGUAUCUUACCAAUGGCUGGUCGUGAUCCAGAGUCUCAACGCACAGAAAUGAUUAAGAAAGAAGAGGAAAGGUUAAGAGCUUCUAUUCGCAGAGAGUCCCAGCAGCGAAGAAUGCGAGAGAAGCAACACCAGCGUGGAUUGAGCGCAAAUUACUUGGAACCUGAUCGCUAUGAUGAGGAAGAUGAAGGAGACGAGGCGAUCAGUCUGGCAGCUAUUAAAAACCGCUAUAAAGGUGGCAUCAGAGAGGAACGAGCUAGGAUCUAUUCUUCAGACAGUGAUGAGGGAUCAGAUGAAGACAGAACACAGAGGCUGCUGAAGGCAAAGAAACUCACUAGUGAUGAGGAAGGUGAGCCUUCUGGAAAGAGGAAAGCUGAGGAUGACGACAAGGCAAAUAAGAAGCACAAGAAAUACGUGAUCAGCGAUGAGGAGGAGGAGGAUGAUGAUUAAUUGUCCUGAAGCGUGGAAGUUUUUUAUAUAUAUAUAUACUGUACAGUUCUUUUACAGCAAAGAUGUAAGUAAACAUGAGGUUAUUUUGAUAAAGAAAACUCCCACUGAACUCUGUAGUUCUGGUGUGAAUAAAGUUCUCUAAUAUCCUU